AUGGUGGACGCUUUCACACUGAACGAGCAGGAUGGCAGGAUUAGUCCGGGGAUACCGAUAGAGGAGGACAACGACAUCGCUAUGGCGUCAAGCGGACACACAGAUCAGGAUGCCAUCUUCACCUCUUCAACCUCGCGAGGCCAGAAACGAGGGAUGAUAACUCGAUCACAACCAAGGCCUAUUCACACCCCAACAAGUCCUCUCAACUCGACGAUACCACACAAUCUUCUGCCUUCCGCUCCAGCAUCACCCCCCACGCCCGCCCCGAGUCCUACACCUCACCAGCGAGCGCCGGAUUGGAGUUCAGCCUCUGAGCAUGAAGAUACGAAUAUGAGAAAUAUUAGAGCGCUCUUUGGUGAUAUGACAGACGCUGAAAAACAAAGGCUUCUUGGAGAGCUGUUGAAUAUGUGCAACAGCAACCAGCUCAGCUUCGUGCAUGAAUUCGUCAGCCCUCGUCUGAAGAAAGAUCCUUUCACGACACUCCCGAACGAGCUGUGUCUAAGGAUAUUAACAUUCAUCGAUGACCCCACUACGCUGGCACGAUCUUCACAGGUCUCGAGGAGAUGGCGAGAACUGGUAUCAGAUGAUAUGGCAUGGAAGUCACUAUGUGAAAAGCAUGCCUACCGAAGGCUUUCAAAUGAGCCAGCUCCAACACCCCGGCUGGGCUACCGUGCCUCUACACCUGGUCGGCCAAGCUCACCUUCUUACGCCCAUGUGCUGCGAUUCGGUCAGAUCAGGUAUUCGAGUUACUCUGCGGGAGCCUCUAGCAGCGCACCAGACCUCAGGACAGAGAGCCUUGAUCGAACACAUUCAAAUAUGAGACAGAUUAGACGGCGUCCAAAGGCGAUGACUUAUCGGUCGCAUUUCAAGCAACGAUACAUGGUUGAAACUGCGUGGCGCUCUGGUGGGAGAGUUGACUCCAGACAGAUCACACCAGAUCAAGGCGUCGUAACGAGUCUCCACUUAACCGAUAAGUACAUCGUGGUAGCCCUCGACAAUGCUAAGAUACACGUGUUCGACGUCGAGGGUGGGCACCAACGGACGCUCCAAGGGCAUGUCAUGGGUGUCUGGGCAAUGGUUCCAUGGGAAGAUGUUCUCGUCAGUGGAGGCUGCGACAGGGAUGUCAGAGUAUGGAACAUGGCUACAGGACUACCCAUGCACACUCUACGUGGGCACACAUCAACUGUUCGUUGUUUGAAAAUGUCUGAUUCAAACACCGCGAUAUCUGGAUCCAGAGAUACAACACUAAGAAUAUGGGACUUGCCAAGUGGGCAAUGUAAGCAUGUACUUGUGGGUCACCAGGCUAGUGUACGAUGUUUAGAAAUACACGGCGAUCUCAUCGUGUCUGGAAGCUACGAUACAAUGGCGAAAAUAUGGAGUAUCUCCGAAGGGAAGUGUCUCCGCACGCUGACUGGUCACUUCAGUCAGAUAUACGCCAUUGCUUUUGACGGGCGAAAGAUAGCGACCGGGAGUCUUGACACCAGCGUUCGGAUCUGGGAUCCAACGGACGGUAGAUGUCUUGCCAUUCUGCAAGGACAUACGUCACUAGUCGGGCAACUGCAAUUGCGACACGACGUUCUUGUUACUGGAGGGUCAGACGGUUCUGUUCGAGUCUGGUCGCUGGACAACUACCAACCCAUUCAUCGUCUAGCUGCGCACGACAAUAGCGUUACGAGUUUACAAUUUGAUGAGACUCGAAUCGUCAGUGGAGGUAGCGAUGGACGUGUCAAAGUUUGGGAUCUGAAGAGUGGAAUACUGGUACGAGAGCUCAGCUCUCCGGCCGAAGCCGUGUGGAGAGUGGUGUUUGAGGAGGAGAAAGCUGUGAUCAUGGCAAGCCGUGGCGGUAAGACUAUUAUGGAGGUGUGGAAUUUCGCACCUCUAGAAGAAGACCUUGAGGGCUACCGGUCUUCAAGUCCGAUAAGCUUGCCAGACUCGGCAGGCACUUCGCCAGGGUACGCGGACUAUCCAGAAUACAUGAGCCAAAGUCCAUACCGCCAUUCCACACUUGUAGAUACGUCGACAAAUACCGACGACGUUCCCAUGAGCGAAGCGCCAUUCGAGCCCAAAUAG